AGCAGGCAGCAGUAGGAGCACACGUGAAUAGAUCUGCCAAAACACACGUCUGACACAAGAUGGAUAUCACAGAGGUUCCCGUGUCUCAGACAGACAGCAAAGGUAAGAAAAAGAAGAACAAGAAGGCAAAGAAGCAGAAGAAGAGUGUGGAAGAAGCGGAGAGCAGCAGUGGUGUUGAUAAUAAAGAGGAGUUGAAGAUGAAGAGCGAGGCAGCUGAAUCCGCCUUCCCCCCCACCUUCAGUGUGUCCGAAAUCAAGAACAAACAGCGCAGACACCUCAUGUUCAUGAAACUGAAGCAGGAGAAGAGAAAGCAAAAGAUGCAGCUGAAGAAAAAGAAGAAAAAAGAAAGGGAAGCUUUAGGUGACAAGGCACCGCCAAAAGAGGUCCCCAAGACGAUAGAAAACCAGAGGGUGUACGAUGAGACCACAGUCGACCCAGAAGAUGAAGAGGUGGCUUUUGAUGAGGGAACCGAUGAAUUUUCAGCCUAUUUUAACGGGCUAACGAACCCCAAAGUACUCAUCACAACAUCAGACAGACCCAGAGGGAGGACAGUGAGGUUUUGUGAGCAGCUGGCCACAGUAGUACCAAACGCCCAUGUGUACUACAGAAGAGGCCUGGCCCUGAAGAGGGUCAUUCCCCAGUGUGUCGCCAGAAACUUCACAUACCUCAUGGUGAUCAACGAGGACCGCAAGAUACCCAAUGGUAUGGUACUCUGUCACCUACCCGACGGGCCGACUGCACACUUCAAGAUCAGCAGUGUUCGACUACGUAAGGAGAUGAAGAGACGAGGGAAGGACCCAACUGAACACUCUCCAGAAGUGAUCCUAAACAACUUCACUACACGUCUGGGCCACAGCAUCGGCCGGCUGUUAGCUGCGCUUUUCCCACAAGACCCUCAGUUUGUGGGUCGGCAGGUCGCCACGUUCCACAACCAGAGAGAUUUCAUCUUUUUCAGAUUCCACAGGUACAUCUUCAAGAAUGAGAAGAAAGUUGGCAUUCAGGAGCUGGGACCUCGCUUCACCCUUAAACUCCGCUCCCUACAGAAGGGCACCUUCGACUCAAAGUUUGGCGAGUACGAGUGGGUCCUGAAGCGCCACGAGAUGGACGCCUGCAGAAGGAAGUUCCAGCUUUGAAUGCAGAACUGCCACCAACUUUUGCGCUGGAUGAGGACGCCUAACACCUAUCUCUUAUCCAACAUAUUACAGCUGUUUGUGACUUCACACAGAUGGACUUUAUAGUGGAUGUAGCAGAUUCUUUGUGGAUGACCAGUGGCAGCAGUUACACUUAACAUUUAACAGGGACAACUGGACUCUACUUGACCGUUGCUGCAUAUUCACAUUUUCCCUGAAAAGGACUUUUAUAAACUUGCAUUUGAAGUACUCAUCUAGCUCCACCCUUUUAUCUUUUGACAUGUUUUAUGGGCACAUCAGAGCUGAGGUUUGAAGCCUGUAACCCACAGUGGAGUUUUUUCUGUCAGCUGGUAAACAGCAGAGAUGCGACACGAAGGUGCCCCACUUAAAUGACCUGAAAACACUGACCUGCAUGUUUGUGUGUAAACUGUAUUCACAGAUGUGCAGCUUCUAUCAAAUGUUAUUUCUAAACACAAUAUAGAUUUGUCCCAAAAAGGAUCUGAAAAUCAGAUUGUACUCUACCUAUUCAUCAUAUUGAACCUUAAGUUACUAGUCAGUAUGAGCCUGCUGUGCAUUCACCUGCUGCGUCCUGACCAGUGUAAAUGACAAAAGGAGCCAUAUAUAAAGAGCAACAGUAGCCAGUGUCAGGAAAUGGGUAAAUGUUCAUAUUGUGUCUACAGUGCAGCUGCUUUUGUACGUGACAGGAUUUUCAAAAUGAUGUAUGACACAUUCAGUCUAUUCAAUAA